AUGGAGCUCCCCGAUGAACGUCAUGAAGUGAGUAUUCGCAAAAUUUCUGCAGAAAUGAAUUCUGCUCUGAGAAAGCGUUUCCAAUCCGAGUUCUGAAUCUAAUGCCGCGUACAAAGUGAGAAACACGCGGAAAUCUAGUAGAUUUUGCAGUCAAAGAAAAUUAACCCAAAAAUAUUUUAAUAUUUUGAAACAAGCCUGAUCGCCCCGGCUAUGCCGGACUACAGCUGUAGGCUUGCUAGGGUCGCCCUUAUGUUAUGAACGCAAUCCGACCACUCGGCAAAGGCACGCCACUUUUGCGCAAACUUUAAGGAUCCUCGCAGAUUUUGCGCGAACUUUAAGGCAUGUCGAAAUUGUUAUGGAAACUUUGCAUUACUGUUCGCUUUUUUCAGCUUGUUUUUAUGCGUUUUGUUGUUUUUUUUUGUUGCUUAUCAAAUUGAAACUACUUAUCUUUUUCCGUAUUUCCUCGGUUUGAGCGCAUUUCAAGCGAAAUUUCAGUUGGAUUUCGUUUAGAAGCGAGUGUUAUUGAAAAUUUGUAUGAAAUCACUUGAAUUCGAGCUACUUCACAAUUAUUUAAGAUGUUUGAACGAUUCACAUGCUCGUACUUUUGUACUAUAUCACAUUCUUUUCUGGUUCAGAUAGAACAGGAACCACUGUCAAGAGAAAAAUGGAUCCGGACGAAACUAUCGACUUCAGUCAAAAAGUGUCCAAGUCAUUUGUCUCGAAAUGAGACUCGGUGAGUUCCGUUCGAAUUAAGACUGUUAUAUGAUUACGUGAGAUAUGAUUCAGAAGAGAAGUGGAACCAGAGUUGAGCGGAAUCGAUUUUUUGAAAAGGCGGAAUUCAAUUUUUUUUAGCGGAAGGCGAAAAGACGCGGCAUAGACACGGCCGUUACUCCUCCGAUUCAUGAAUCACAAGCGUGUUUCAGUGAGUUAACAGAGAAUUUUAUAACUCGUAGAUAAGAAUUUCAGAUUUUGAGGAUGGUGUCUCCUACAUCGCCUGCAUUUUCACUUAUAACAACAUGUCUUUUUUCAGUUAUGAACGUGACGAAGACUAUACAAUCACUGAUUUCUAA